GCUGUCCGUGCGCCACAUGGCUCACAUAAAAGGCUGCCCAUUGUGUCCAGCAGCCACUGUUUGACUCUACAUCUUUAUCGGCACCCAUUCACAGCUGAAGUGAGGGGCCCGACAGACCAAGAGCGAUGAAUCCCAGGGAUAAGCCGAAGUCGAAGAUUUCGGCUUCUCGCAAGCUUUCCCUCAAGAUGCUUCUCCUCCAAAGAGCCUGUGACGAUUUGGAGAAGGAGAGGCAGGAGAGGGAGGAAGAGAAAGUGCGCUAUCUAGGAGACAAGAUGCCUCCUUUGCAGCUGUCUGGAUUAUCACUAGAAGAGCUACAAAAUAUGUGCAAGAAGCUACAUUCACAAAUUGAUGUUGUGGAUGAGGAGAGAUAUGACUGUGAAUACAAAGUCAGCAAACACAACAAAGAUAUCCAUGAGCUGAAGCUGAAGAUACAAGACCUUGGAGGAAAGUUCAAGAAGCCGGCCCUGAGGAAGGUGAGGGUGUCGGCAGAUGAGAUGAUGAGAGCUCUCCUGGGCUCCAAACACAAGGGCUCCAUGGACCUCAGAGCCAACCUCAAGUCUGUGAAGAAGGAGGACGUCAAACAGGACAAGGUGCUCACUAGUGAGGUGGGCGACUGGCGUAAGAACGUGGAGGCCAUGUCAGGCAUGGAGGGCCGCAAGAAGAUGUUCGACACAGGCGGCGGAGCACAGUGAGAAACUCUGUGAGGAGUCCUGCAAAUGAUGAAGAUGUAGAGCAGGGAUGAGGAAGUCGCCUAGACAGAAAUAUGGAAUAGUUAUGUGAAGGCUAAGUGACUUUAAAAGUGUAGGAGUUGAGAUCAAAAGCGUGUCUAACCCCGAAUCUGUCAGCUGUGCCUCAAUUUGCCAAAUGGACAUUUUCUGUGCAAUGACUCAGAGCACUUAAAGUAGAGAACCAAUGUUUUUUUGUUACCAACAAAUUGUUUUGUUAUGAUAUCUUUAGGCAAUUACAGUGGAUAUGAAUAAAGCAGCAGUCUUUGAUGUUCCAUA